GUGAUGUAGUGGCAAAGAUGUUUGUCCCAAAUGAAGCCACACUUGGAUCGAAUCCCAGUGGAGCUGCCAGGUCGGUGUGUGUGUGAAUGUGUUGUAUGACCAAAAAUAAAAAAGUGCUUUUAAAAGUUAAAACUUCAAAGACAAUCUUUUACUCCAUUUAUUUUUGGAGCACUAAAUGGCGUCCCCCCUCCUUUUUACAACAGAACAUGUAUUAUAAUUGACAAAAAGACAGUUAACAGAGCGAGCAUCCAACCAAAUUCAUUUGAUUUGAGGGAAACAAAACAUAAUUCGUGGUUACUAACAAACCUUAACUUCCACAUUGGAUGAAGACUAAUAUGAAAACCAUAGUUUCUGGAUUAUCUAUUGCUCCUCCUACAUGGAUCACACCCCAUGUUGUUUCAUAUGGCUAUCUGACUGGAACCCACCAAAAACAUGCCAUCAAGCAUGGAACGUCACCUGUAGAAAGAGUGAUUCCUCUGUAUGGCUCAGGUUUAAUCACUUUCCAAGUUGCCUGUCACAUGUUUGAGGAAAUGUCUGACUUAACUGUUACAUCAGCCACUGCCAUAAUUGGUGGCUUCGCUAAACGGCACUGCCAUGAAGAAGCUGUCUAUCUUUUCUCAAGAAUGCUUGCCUCGACAAUUAGGCCAAACGAGUUCACUUUUGGAACUGUGAUUCACUCCUCCACUGUACUUGGAAAUGUUCAUCUUGGCAGGCAGCUGCAUGCCUGUGCAGCAAAGAUUGGCCUUGGUUCUCAUGUAUUUGUUGGUAGUGCUCUUCUUGAUUUGUAUGUGAAAUUGAGUACUAUGGAAGAAGCACUGAAGGCUUUCAGAGAUACCCAACAUCCCAAUGUGGUGUCUUAUACAACUAUGAUCUCUGGAUAUUUGAAGAGACACAUGUUCGAAGAUGCCUUACGCAUUUUCUCCGAGAUGCCUGAGAGGAAUGUUGUCUCUUGGAAUGCAAUGGUUGGUGGCUGCAGUCAAACAGGCCAUAAUGAAGAGGCUGUGAAUUUUUUCAUUGACAUGCUUAAAGAAGGAUAUAUACCUAAUGAAUCUACAUUUCCCUGUGUAAUUUGUGCAGCUGCAAAUAUCGCGGCCCUUGGAAUUGGGAAAAGUUUCCAUGCUUGUGCAAUCAAGUUUCUGGGUAAGCUUGAUGGGUUUGUUGGUAAUUCACUUAUCAGCUUUUACGCAAAGUGUGGAAGCAUCGAAGAAAGCCUCCUAGUAUUCAACAAACUUCUUAAAAGGAACAUAGUUUCUUGGAAUGCUUUAAUAUGUGGUUAUGCACAGAAUGGAAGAGGUGUUGAAGCAAUAAGAUUCUUCGAAAGAAUGCGUUAUACAGGUCCUAAACCCAAUGAGGUUACUCUUCUUGGACUACUCUUGGCUUGUAAUCAUGCUGGUCUUGUUGAUGAAGGUUACUCAUAUUUCAAUCAAGCUAGGCUUGAGAGCCCGAAUUUGCUAAAACCUGAGCAUUAUGCUUGCAUGGUUGACUUGCUUGCUCGCUCUGGACGCUUCACAGAAGCCAAACAUUUCCUUCAGAGUUUGCAUUUCGACCCGGGAAUCGGAUUUUGGAAGGCAUUACUUGGGGGAUGUCAAAUCCACUCAAACAUGGAGUUAGGGGAGCUUGCAGCAAGAAAGAUAUUGGCUUUGGAUCCUGAUGAUGUGUCUUCAUAUGUGAUGUUGUCAAAUGCACAUUCUGCAGCGGCUAGGUGGUCAGACGUGUCGAUGCUAAGGACAGAGAUGAAGGAGAAAGGGUUGAAGAGGAUUCCGGGUUGCAGUUGGAUUGAAGUCACAGGCAAAGUUCAUGUCUUUCUUACUGCAGAUCAUAGUCAUACUGAAAAUGAGGAAAUUUAUGUUCUUCUUGGAAUUUUCUAUGAGCACUUCAGGGAAAAUGAGGCUUCCGAUUUGCUCAACAUUCAUUGCAAUUUCAGUUCAGCAUAAUAAACAAUGGAAACAAUUGAGUCUGAUAUAGGAUUUUGUAUGCUACAAAGGGUUUAAUGUUAAUUUCUUUCAGCUUGUAACUUAAGUAUUCUUUCAUUUGUUGAACAAUAAUGAAGUGCGGAAAAGUCUGGCAGGGAAAUUCAGAGGUUAGUGAGAAUAACAAUAACCAAAGUUAAUUGGUGGGAGAGAUUUAUUAUCAUUUUCUUGAUGGAAGUCAUUUUGAAUUUCUAAAGCUAGCUUUCAUGAUUUAAGGCCAUGCUUUCUAGCUACUUCUCAAAUUUAAGCUACAAUAUUUAC